UAAUCUCCUUGGAGAUCUUAUUACUCCUUGAAGACAAUAGCCUAAUAUAAUAUUUCGUCGCUUUGUGUUAAAUAAAAAGAUAUACCAAAAAAAACCGUCAUAAAAUACCAACAUAAACUGCGAAUUAGGCAUAUCCCCACCCCGACUCGCUUAAAAUCUGGCGUCAUAGGUUUUCCACAGACGGUGCCCUAGUUCUGUGGCAUUCUUCCAACAUUUCGACCUUUCUCGAUUUCCCGCUUUUCUCUCUCCUCUUUUCCCUCCACUACCUUCUUCUUCAAAAAUCUUUAUUUUCAGACAAACUUCUGCUCUAUCUGCCUCUGCAUUUUUAGUUAUUCAAUGCUCUUCUAGCUUUCUUCAAUGGCGGGAGGUCGAUUGACGCAUUUUCUCCGUCGCUAUUCGUCCAAGCAAACCAUUUCUCAGGUUAGGGUUUUACUCUUAAACCCUAUUUGUCAUCUUCACAAUUAUUUGUCUUCUAAUUCGUAUUCGUUCUUAAGAGUGUCAUCGUUGUCAUUACUGCCAAAAUUUAAUUUGUAUGGUGUUAAGGCAUUUUCGACUUUUGAUGAAACUGAUGUUAAUGAAAGAAAAGAUGAUAAUGUUAUUGAUACGAGUUAUAUAGAUGCUAAUAAUGAUGGUUUAAUUGAUAAUAAUAUCAUAAAUGAGCAUGAUGUUGAUGUUGGUCAGUUAAGUUUCUAUGAAGGGUUUGAGCAUGUUGCGUCAAUUGACCCCGUAGAAAUUUAUAGGCAGCUUUGUGAGUUGCCCCGGGAUGGGAAUCUAGGCAGGGAGGAUUGGGAGUUGUUGCAUGAUAUAUUUGGGCAGUUUUUGCGUUCUGCUUGGGCAACGAAUCAAGCUUUAGCUAUAUACAUUGGGGCGUCGUUUUUUCCAACUGCGGUACAUAAAUUCAGGGGUUUUUUCAUAAGACAUUGCCGUAAUGAUAUCGCUAAGUACUUGCUUUCUUUGGGACCGAGUGAUGAAGCGGAGAGGUUUUUGUUUCCUGUGUUUGUUGAAUUUUGUCUUGAACAGUUUCCUGAUAAGAUUAAGAAUUUUCGAAGUAUGGUUGAGUCUGCUGAUCUUACCAAACCCCACACUUGGUAUCCCUUUGCAAGGGCAAUGAAACGCAAAAUUGUUUAUCAUUGUGGACCUACUAAUAGUGGGAAGACAUAUAAUGCUUUGCAACGGUUUAUGGAAGCAAAGAAAGGGAUAUAUUGUAGUCCACUCAGGUUGUUGGCGAUGGAAGUUUUUGACAAGGUUAAUGAUCUUGGUGUUUAUUGUAGUAUGCUUACUGGACAGGAGAAGAAAGUUGUGCCCUUUUCUAAUCAUGUUGCCUGUACGGUUGAAAUGGUGUCGACUGACAAAGUGUAUGAUGUUGCUGUUAUAGAUGAGAUACAAAUGAUGGCUGAUUCUUGCAGAGGAUUUGCAUGGACUAGGGCAUUAUUAGGGCUAAAGGCUGAUGAAAUACAUCUAUGUGGCGAUCCAAGUGUAUUAAAGAUUGUUCGGAAAAUUUGUUCAGAUACAGGAGAUGAGUUGCUGGAACAGCACUAUGGUAGAUUCAAACCGUUGGUGGUUGAAGCUAAGACAUUGCAAGCGGAUCUUCGAAAUGUAAAGUCUGGUGACUGUGUAGUUGCGUUCUCCAGGAGGGAAAUUUUUGAGGUCAAAUUAGCUAUCGAAAAGCAAACUAAGCACCGUUGUUGUGUUAUUUAUGGUGCUUUGCCACCGGAGACUCGCAGGCAGCAAGCUACUCUGUUUAAUGACCAAGAUAACGAAUUCGAUGUCUUAGUUGCUAGUGAUGCUGUAGGAAUGGGUUUGAAUCUUAACAUAAGAAGGGUAGUUUUCUAUACCCUGUCAAAGUACAAUGGGGACAAGGUUGUUCCCGUUCCAGCCUCACAAGUGAAACAAAUUGCAGGUAGGGCUGGUAGGAGAGGAAGUAUCUAUCCAGAUGGUCUUUGCACUACUUUGAAUAUGGAAGAUCUUGAUUAUCUAAUUGAAUGUCUAAAACAACCUUUUGAGGAUGUUGAGAAAGUGGGUCUAUUUCCAUGUUAUGAGCAAGUUGAGUUUUUUGCGGGGAAACUACCUAAUACAACUUUUGCUCAACUUCUUGAAAAGUUUGCUGAAAAUUGUCGCCUUGAUGGAUCUUACUUCUUGUGUCAACAUGCUGGUAUAAAGAAGGUGGCUAAUAUGUUGGAGAAGAUUCCGAGUUUAUCACUUGAAGAUCGCUAUAAUUUUUGCUUUGCUCCUGUUAACAUUCGAGACCCAAAGGCAAUGUAUCAUCUCCUAAAGUUUGCUUCAUCAUUUAGUCAAAAUCUUCCUGUCAAUAUAGCUAUGGGCAUUCCUAAUAACUCUGCUAAAAAUGAUUCAGAGCUAUUGGAUCUUGAGACUAAGCACCAAGUUUGUUCUAUGUAUUUGUGGUUGUCAAACCAUUUUAACGAAGAGAAAUUUCCUUAUAAGCUAAGGGCAGAAUCUAUGGCAUCUAAUAUUGCUGAAUUGCUGGGAGAAUCUUUAAGUAAAGCAACGUGGAAACCGGAAUCGAGAGGACCAAAUAGGAAGAAGCCUGAACAGAAGGAUGGAUAUGAAAGACCACAGUCACUUAUACAAAUAUUUGACAAGAAAAGGCAAGAUCAGUCCUUGGCACAGGAUAAAUCUGACAAAUCUAAGAAGGUACUUGCAUAGCUUACUUGGGCUACCUUGGAGAAGAACGAAAACCAAUCUGCUUACAUUAAUUAUACACGGGAGAUUUGAGAAGACAUGUAGCAGAAGUUGGGGGAACAAACGUAAGUCUUGGUUCAUUUCAGCAUGAAGAACCUAUUGAUCUGCCUAGUUGUGACAAUGCUAUUCAUAGAAACUGGGUCAGCAGUUUGGGGAACAAUAUUGAUAGGCGCACCUAUUAUGUGGAAAUACAGUACUACACUUUACACCAAUCAAGCUAUUUACGUGCUCACAGAGUAGAUAAAUGUCUAAUCGGAACAUAUAUAUAUAUAUACAUAUAUAUAUAUAUAUACAUACAUAUAUAUAUAUAUAUGUCCAGAUGAAUGAAAUCUGGGGACUUGUCACUUUGCCCUUCCUUAGUUUUGCAAUUUCGGUUAAAGCUUGGUGGUGAAAGAGGAAUUCCUGACCAUUGUUUCUUAAGAUUGUUAUUAUACUAUAUAUACUAGUACUCUAGUAGGUGUUAAUUGUGUAAUAUGCUUCUGAUUCUGAUUAACUUGCUUUGGUCAGGCUGAUGUUCAGAUUUGCCGACUAUUGUUUUUUGUUUGGAUAGUCUGAAAGGCGUUUCUUGUUGUCAGAUAAAAUUCUGUCAACAAUGAUUUUUGAGUUUAAUUAUUU